CUGCUCUACACGUACGUCAGUACUUUCGACUUUUUCAAUGGCAGUGCAGGCAAAACUCGUCUACGGGUGGUGAUUUACUACUUUGCCUACUAUGUGGAGAACUCAGCAAUGAUUGGUGCCUGGUACGCGGCUUACCCCUUCACUGCCUCAUGGUAUUACCUUCCAGCCCUUCUAGUUGUGGUAACAGUUCAAUGGAUUGGCGCCAUCUUCCUCCAAGUCUACUUCUUCUAUUUUUCGGCUUCACCACGAGGAACUUCGUUGUGUGGAUUGUGUUGUCCGGAUGAAUUGAGAGGUCCUGUGGAGUUGGUCUACUCUCCACUCCCGUUUACCUAUCCACCAGUUCAAAAUGCCCAACCUCUUCCUCCACCACCCGUAGAUAAUCCCUCGUUCAUCCUCCAGUCCACUUCACUCUACUCUCAACGCGGUCGUCUCGGUCCUCAAUCAAGUCAUGAAGAUCCAUCUCGAACGGAUUCCCUAACUGUGGUUACUGCCGAAAUGCCAAGGAAGCCGAGAUCUCGUUACCUCUACGUGAGGAGUCCUCCAGAGGCCGAGUUGAUGGAGGAGUGGAAUGAUGUGGACGGUUUUAUUCCUCCCGACGAUGGGGAUGUAUGA